GCGCGUGCGCAGUCGCUCUCCCUUAAGCAGCCGCCAUGGCGGGACAGGAGGAUCCGGUGCAGCGGGAGAUUCACCAGGACUGGGCGAACCGAGAGUACAUUGAGGUCAUCACCAGCAGCAUCAAGAAAAUCACGGACUUUCUCAACUCGUUCGAUAUGUCGUGUCGUUCAAGACUCGCGACGCUAAAUGAGAAGUUGACAGCCCUUGAACGGAGAAUAGAGUACAUUGAAGCUCGGGUCACAAAAGGUGAGACUCUCACCUAGAGCUGUGCCGGGAUGCUGCUGGGAAGUGGCUUGACAGACCCAGGCCCGCGCGGGAAGGCCCAGCAGCCGCCAGCGCCUUCUCUCCUGACAGAGCAGGGCUGGUUCUCGUUUUCCUCUUUUCAAAAGUGUGGCCUUUGAGCUCUGCCAUGUACAUCUGGGGGUCUGAUGUGGCAUGUGGGGAGGAGUCCAGGGGGACUCGGGGAGACAUUAGACACUUGACCUUUUCAGCAACAUUUUAUAGAACUACUUUUCAAUAUCUGGAGGCACUCAGAGCCAACAGCCCGGGACUCUGUGUGUGGUCCUCCCACCUCUCCCUGCCAGCCAUUCCUUAGAGCUCCUCCUGCCUCUGCGCUGUUUCUUCAGACGGUCUGUCUCAGGCACCCCUUUGGUAGGGAGUGGGACCUGUCCUGGCUGAGACACUCGUGCCCUGGCUAGGUGGCUGCCAGGGAGUGCUGUUGCUAACACACUCGAUUUUUGUCUUUUGGGGGAGAUGAAGGCCAGGCCCCCACUUUGCUUGGAGGGACAUUUUCAGAGGCUUUUGUUUUGUUUUGUUUUGUUUUCCCCGUGUCACCUGGGAUCUCUUUGCCUCUCUUACUUCCUAAUAAACUCCUCAACCUUC